GUAAUAGCUGCCUGUUUAUCUACUCGCACUUUUUAUCUAAUGAAGCUCUUACAGACAUAUAGUUAAAAUGUAACCAUAUAAUAACUAGCUUAUAAAAUAUUAUCUAUCUUAUAAAUAAGAGAGUAAGAUCAGAAAGAGACGUUAUUUUUGUUCAGGCGCGAAGGGCAGCUGGAACAGGCUUGACCGACAAUGGAGGCGGAAGUAUAGUAGAUGUUGGGACAGUAACAUAGCUUCUUGCUUUCUUCUUAUGUUGCAAAGAUGUCAUCUGAGCAGUUCGAGAAGCUUCACGAGCUAUUUAAUGGGUUGUAUAGCAACAUCCAGAGGAUCCCGCAGAGGCUGGCUAGUUCUCGUGGAGAAGAAAAGAAAAAACUUAUCAGAGAAUUUGAUGAGAAGCAGCAGGAAGCGAAUGAAAUGCUGGUAGAAAUGGAAGAAGAACUGAAAUAUGCUCCGACAUCUUUUCGAAAUCAAAUGAUGAGUAAGCUGCGAACAUACAAAAAAGACAUUGUGAAGCUGCAGAGAGAAGUCAGAAGCACUGAUCUGGGAGUGGGACCCGGAUUAUCUUCUAAUGAGAACAGAUGGGGGAUUUACAGCCAGGAAAAUGAGCAGAGUACACAUUUACAAGCACAGAGGAAUCUUCUUCUCCAGGGCACGGAGAGCUUAAACAGAGCCACUGACAGUAUUGCAAGGUCCCAUCAGAUAGCAGCUGAAACUGAUGCCAUUGGCUCAGAUAUAAUAGAGGAACUGGGUGGACAGAGAGAACAGCUGGAACGCACCAAAGGACGAUUGAUGGACACAAGUGAGAACUUAAGCAGAAGUCGCAAGAUCCUCCGAUCAAUGUCUCGAAAAAUUGUUACCAACAAACUUCUCCUCUCCGUUAUCAUUCUCCUGGAACUUGCCAUUCUGGGUGGAUUAGUCUACUACAAAUUUUUCCGCAAGAGCUGACUCUUCAGUGGGAAAUCAUCUCUUAUUCUAUGAAGGGCAUCCAUAUGGACACUGUACUGUAAAUAUAUGUAUAUAUAUAUAUAUACAACUCAAAAUAAAGGACACCCAGGCAUGCUGCUAUUGUUGGAACGUCAGAGCUCUCAGUGCAGGGCAAAGAGUUGUAAACAAGAACUUUGAUGACUGAAGAGCUGCGAGAACAGGCAAGAAAUUGUGUAAGGUGGUGUCCACUCAAGAUAAGCGUACUUUUUAUAUUUCAAGCACUUUUGUUGUUUAUGAAGUCUGAUGGCACCAGAUAAAUCAGCUGUAUUUGACAACUAAAUAUAAAAUUUUGAAUGUGAA